AUCCUAUCAACCGCUGGAAUUGCAAUGUACAUUUAAUCCCGACGAUUUGUUUAGUCACAAAUUCUAGUGUAAACCACGAGCACGUAUCUGAGCCAUUUUUUUAAAUUCAAUUUGAAUAUGGAAGAAGAUUCCGCUAAGCAAACCAAAACAAAAAGUAAAGAACGCAAAGAUAGUCGCGGCCGAAAUGAGUCAGACGCACAGGAAGAAAUAAAAAAAAUCAAGAAGAAUUUACUGCAGUCUGUGGCUGAUGGGGGGAUUAUUCUUGGUGAUAAUUCUUUUGAGCUUUCGGUUCCUGAGCCGAGAGCUCGUUCCGGUUCGAAAGCCCGUGAAGCUUUGGAAGUCAAUGGCAAUAUAUUAGCGGAACUGGACGAGAAUAAGAUCUUCGAACUUAAGGAGGCAUUUCUCCUUUUCGAUCUGGACGGUGACGGGUGCAUAGAUCACAACGACCUACGUGGGACUUUUAUCAGCUUAGGAGAAAAUGUAGACGAACACGCUGUCAGCAACAUGCUAUCUGAGGCCACAAAUCCGCUAGACUUCGACGCAUUCGUCAACCUACUCGGAUUUAAAACGCUUGAACUGGAUUCAGAGGAAAUUCUAGUGACUGCUCUGUCUCGAUGGGACCCUGAAAACACUGGAUACAUACCAGAAGCAAGAAUUCGCCAUGAUUUAAUGACGUGGGGUGACCGUUUCACGGAAAAGGAAGCGGAAUACGCUUUGGAUGAGGCCCCAAUGAUGAUGGACAAAAACGGCUACAAUCUCAUAGACUACAAACAAUUCUGUAGAAAACUCUGUGGGCUUAAGAAAACAAAUAAACAAGUACUCGAAGUACAGAAUUGAUUCCCUAAUCAUAGUUGUCUAUUUUAAUAUUACUGUGUAUUUAAAACUCGUUAAAUUGUAAAACGUAGUGAAGUCAGUAACGUAACACGUUACAGUUAAACUCAGUUCAUAUUUAUUUAUUGUAUACUUUCUUAUAAUCAGAAAUGAAAAAAGCAGUUUAUAACAGUGUGGUGGAAACACAACCUGAACACAGUCUUUCUGUCCACCACGUAGUCGAACAGAUUAAAAUAAUUAACUUAUAUACUAAGCACAUAUUACGUAAAAUUAGAUUAUAGACAUUAUAUUUCGCGUAAAACGUCACAUACCAAUUGAAAAGUUGACGCUAUGUAACUUUAUUGUAACGCAUAUAUUAAAGUAAUGAAAGCUU